UAGCUGCAGGAUUAGAGUUCAGCUUUCUUGUUCGGCAUUGGAGGAAAUCCAGAAAACGGAAAAUCCCACCAAAAAGGACCAGAAUAAAAAGCCAAAACGAUAACUUUCUAGUACCAGAGCAUUUAUAAAUAUCUGAACUAUAAUAAUAUUAGUCUAUAUAACCCCAAAAUAGGGUUACAUAAAGUCAGGACCACUCCCAACUUAACAUAACCACCGUCGAUUCUACCUUGAGGAGCUUUCGGAAACCAGCAGCCCCCUCCGGUAGCGGACGCGCCGCCGUGACACGUCACCCAAAACCAACGAUUUUCUGACAAACUUGACGCCACGUGUCCUGCAUGAAUACCUUGCGGGGCCCCCACCAGAUCUGAAAACUUCGAGUACUUACUUCCUUAUUCUAGCCUUCUAGGCCUGGCUCCCAUUUAUGACCUAUAUACCACAAAGUCCACGAACCCCAGAGCCAAUCGGGUGCCUCCACUCCUCACCGGCCGGUCAGAUGAGCCAAUCACCUCGAACCCCCAUCUGGGUUUGGUGCUGAUCACGGUCACAGGUGAAUUUUCCUCAGCCUAUGUUGAUGUUGGAAUCGAGCUCUUCGGUUUCAGAGCAUUUAAGAGUCUUGUGAAACUUUCGUUGUUUCAAUUUUUGACGAGAACCCAUGUCGUUUUUGAGGCAAAGAAAGGGAAAAGGUCCCAACCCAGAGCUUCGGAACAACGAUAAUGAGGAUAGCGAGAAGGAGAGAGAGAACAGAGAGCGAAAGCAAAGAGAAAACGAGACGCAGAGAAGGAAGUGGUCGUGUAUCGAUGGCUGUUGCUGGUCUAUUGGUUGUAUAUGCUCCACUUGGUGGUUCUUACUUUUUUUGUACAACGCAAUGCCGGCUUCGUUCCCUCAGUACGUGACCGAAGCGAUUACGGGUCCGUUGCCGGACCCACCUGGCGUGAAGUUGCGAAAGGAGGGAUUGAGUGCCAAGCAUCCGGUCGUGUUCGUUCCCGGAAUCGUCACCGGCGGCCUCGAAUUGUGGGAGGGACACCAGUGUGCUGAUGGCUUGUUUAGGAAGAGGUUGUGGGGCGGAACAUUUGGGGAAUUGUAUAAAAGACCAUUAUGCUGGGCUGAGCAUAUGUCUCUGGAUAAUGAAACUGGACUGGACCAGUCAGGUGUAAGGGUAAGGCCUGUAUCUGGCCUUGUGGCAGCUGAUUACUUUGCACCAGGUUAUUUUGUCUGGGCAGUUUUAAUUGCUAACUUGGCUCGGAUUGGAUAUGAAGAAAAAACCAUGUAUAUGGCUGCAUAUGAUUGGAGGCUAUCAUUUCAAAACACUGAGGUUAGGGACCAAAGUUUAAGCAGGAUAAAGAGCAAUAUAGAACUGAUGGUUACUACAAAUGAUGGGAAAAAGGUUGUAGUUAUUCCUCAUUCAAUGGGUGUGCUUUACUUUCUGCAUUUCAUGAAGUGGGUUGAGGCACCAGCACCAAGGGGAGGUGGGGGUGGAUCAGAUUGGUGUGCAAAGCAUAUCAAAGCUGUAAUGAACAUUGGAGGACCCUUCUUAGGUGUUCCAAAAGCAGUCUCAGGGCUUUUCUCUAUUGAAGCAAAGGAUAUUGCUGUUGCCAGGGCCUUCGCACCAGGUGUUUUGGAUAAGGAUGUUUUUGGUCUUCAGACUUUACAACAUAUGAUGCGGAUGACACGCACAUGGGAUGCAACAAUGUCAAUGAUACCAAAAGGAGGUGACACUGUCUGGGGUGGCCUUGAUUGGUCACCUGAAGGAUUUUACAAUUGUAGUGCAAAGAAGCUGAAGAACAAUGGCACAGUAGCAAAUGGCCAAAAUGGAGCAACAAAUAAGGGUUCUGCUAAGGGAGUGAACUACGGAAGAAUGAUAUCAUUUGGGAAAGAAUUAGCUGCAGUACAUUCUUCUGAGAUUGAGAGGAUCGAUUAUUGGGGUGCUGAAAAGGGUAAUAACCUUGUGAACACGACGAAAUGUGAUGUAUGGACCGAGUACCAUGAAAUGGGUGUUGGGAGUGUCAAGGCUAUUGCAGAUUACAAAGCUUACACUGUUGCAGAAAUUUUGGAUCUGCUUCAUCAUGUUGCCCCAAAGUUGAUGGCACGUGGAGAAGCUCACUUUUCAUACGGAAUUGCUGACAAUUUGAAGGACCCAAAAUAUCAACAUUACAAAUAUUGGUCAAACCCUUUGGAAACAGAAUUACCGAAUGCGCCAGACAUGGAGAUCUAUUCGAUGUACGGAGUAGGUAUUCCCACAGAAAGAGCAUAUGUGUACAAACUAACUCCUUCCUCAGAAUGCUACAUUCCCUUUCAGAUAGACACCUCAGCAGAGGGUGGAAAUGAGGACCCUUGUUUGAAAGGUGGAGUUUUCUUAAGUGAUGGAGAUGAAACUGUCCCUGUUUUGAGUUCGGGUUUCAUGUGUGCAAAAGGUUGGCGGGGGAAGACCCGGUUCAAUCCUUCUGGCAUCCGAACUUACAUACGGGAGUAUGAUCAUGCUCCUCCAGCCAAUCUUUUAGAAGGCCGGGGCACUCAAAGUGGCGCUCAUGUCGAUAUAAUGGGGAAUUUCGCACUUUUAGAAGACGUUAUAAGAGUAGCAGCCGGUGCAACUGGUGAUGAGUUAGGUGGAGAUCGAGUUUUCUCUGAUAUUUUCAAAUGGUCCGAGGCAAUUAAUUUACAACUCUGACAUUACACGUAAUGGCCAAGUUCUUACUUAUACACUGGAGCUUCAAAAGCGAGAUACGCAUGGUGAAUUAGAAAUGAAAAUGGUUGCUGGUUGAUUAAAGCUACAGCUCCCAUUUACAUUAGAAAAAAGGAAGACUAAGAAGUGAGAGAGCAGGUUUCAUAAAACAAGCUCAUCACAACUUAGUAGUAUUGUCAUCUAUAGUUGCAGUCUUCAUUUUUUUUGGGUAUACCCAACUUUUACAAUUGAUAUCCUGAUUGAAAUUCUUAUAUUCAAUUAAUUUAUUCACACAAGUUUGUAUGUUCCUUUCUUGGAAUAUAUACUAUGUUUAUCUUUGCACUGUAAUUA